UAAUAAAAAAGUGGAACCCCGUGAAGAACGAGAGGUCCUUGAGCGGAUGAUAGCCAAAAUGUGUUUACUUGCAGUUCCAUCUUCCCUCCCCUGUUAAUUCACCUAACAAAUACCAAAUUGCAUCACGGAUUAGUUGAUCCCUCCUUUGAAAACAAAACGAUGCCGAUUUUCAAAACCCCGUUCAACGGCUACUCCGUAAAGUUCAGCCCCUUCUACGAGAACCGCCUGGCCGUGGCCACCGCCCAGAACUUCGGCAUCCUGGGCAACGGCCGCCUCCACGUCCUCGACCUCUCCCCGGAGCCUUCCCUCCCCAUCUCUGAGCUGGUCGCCUACGACACCGCCGACGGCAUCUACGACGUGGCCUGGUCCGAAUCCCACGACUCCAUCGUCAUCGCCGCCGUCGCCGACGGCUCCGUUAAGCUCUACGACCUGGCCCUCCCCCCAACCUCCAACCCCAUCCGCUCCUUCCAGGAACACACCCGCGAGGUCCACUCCGCCGACUACAACCCCGUCCGCCGUGACUCCUUCCUCUCCUCCUCCUGGGACGACACCGUCAAGCUCUGGACCCUCGACCGCCCCACCAGCGUCCGCACCUUCAAGGAGCACGCCUACUGCGUCUACUCCGCCGUCUGGAACCCCCGCCACGCCGACGUCUUCGCCUCCGCCUCCGGCGACUGCACCCUCCGCGUCUGGGACGUCCGCGAGCCCGGCUCCACCAUGAUCCUCCCCGCCCACGAGUUCGAGAUCCUCGCCUGCGACUGGAACAAGUACGACGAGUGUGUCAUUGCCACUGCCUCCGUCGAUAAGAGCGUUAAGGUUUGGGACGUGAGGAACUAUAGGGUUCCCCUUUGUGUGCUCAAUGGGCACGGGUAUGCUGUUAGGAAGGUGAAAUUCUCGCCACACGUGCGGAAUUUGAUGGUGUCUUGCUCCUAUGAUAUGACGGUGUGUGUUUGGGAUUUCAUGGUGGAGGAUGCUCUGGUGAGUAGGUAUGAUCACCACACGGAGUUCGCGGUCGGGGUGGAUAUGAGCGUGCUUGUUGAGGGCCUCAUGGCUAGCACUGGUUGGGAUGAACUUGUUUAUGUGUGGCAGCAUGGGACUGACCCCAGGGCACCUUGAAGGUGAAGAGUGAAAAAUGAAUAGAGAGUUCUAUAGAUCUUUACCACACAUUCAUACAAGCUUCAAGUAUACAGAUUAUAUAUAUAAUUCACCAUAGUGAGGUGCUCUGGAAGGUUGAAUAGUCUGGUUACAGUGGUGAAUUAUGGAUGGUAACAGGUGGAUAUGCAACUUCUUUAGCUAUCUAUAUCUACAUUCUUUUUUAAAUCCAUUACCAAAAUCUGUUUCUUAUCAUGUUUGAAACGAAAAUGUAAACUGCUUUUGUCCAUACCAUGUCAAAUCUCCUAUCUGAAAUGUUAGAUAACCAAGAUAUCUGAAUAAUGAUCGUUCUUAUGAAUAUGUUGGUGGAUGAUUGAAAUCUAAUGUGAACCUUCGAAGGAAAAAAGACAUAAAGCUAAGAGAUUUUCCAUGUGGCUUUAUAUAGACUGACAUGCUUUGGUCUA